ACCCCUUAUAAAACCAUACCUAUAUAUAAGCAAUAAAACAAUUCAGGCAGAAGCUCAGAAAUAUAUCUUAAUAAAUUCAGGCUCGUGGAUUGCUCUCUUUGAGUGGCGACGCGGGCACAUGACGUCGCGGGGAAAGCGAGCGGUGACGCCAACUUCCCGCGACUCCGCCGCAGUGCGUGUCGGGAUUUAUUUAUCCUCCCUCCCUCUUUUUCCGCCUUCUCGCUGUUGACGGCGUGUCCGGCUCUCCUCAUGGCCGCUUUCCGGGCGCUGGGUUUGGCGCCCUGGCUCGUGGCGCAGGCGGAGCAGCUAGGCCUGACGAGGCCUACUCCGGUGCAGGAGGCCUGCAUUCCGCCCACUCUCCAAGGUCGUGACUGCAUGGGCUGUGCCAAGACCGGGAGUGGCAAAACUGCUGCCUUUGUGCUGCCGGUCCUUCAGAAGCUCUCUGAAGAUCCUUAUGGCAUCUUCUGCCUCGUGCUGACACCCACCAGAGAGCUGGCCUAUCAGAUCGCAGAACAGUUCCGGGUCCUCGGGAAGCCGCUUGGCUUAAAGGAUUGCAUCAUCGUUGGGGGAAUGGAUAUGGUGACACAGGCUUUAGAGCUCUCCCGGAAGCCUCAUGUCGUCGUCGCCACCCCGGGCCGUCUGGCAGAUCACCUUCGGAGUUCCAGCACCUUCAGUCUUCGAAAGAUUAAGUUCUUGGUCCUAGACGAAGCCGACCGGCUGCUGGAGCAAGGCUGCACCGACUUCACCCACGACCUGGAAGUGAUCUUGGGCGCUGUCCCGGCCAGCCGGCAGACGCUGCUCUUCAGCGCGACCCUGACCGACACCCUGGCGGAGCUCAAGAAGAUCGCCAUGAACGAGCCUUUCUUCUGGGAGUCCACCUCCGAGGUGCGGACAGUGGAGCAGCUCGAUCAGCGUUACCUCCUGGUGCCCGAAAAGGUCAAGGACGCCUACCUGGUGCACCUCGUCCAGACAUUCCAGGAUGAACACGAAGACUGGUCCAUCAUCAUCUUCACCAACACUUGCAAGACCUGCCAGAUCUUGAACAUGAUGCUGCGGAAGUUCAACUUUCCCUCGGUGGCUCUGCACUCCAUGAUGAAGCAGAAACAGCGCUUUGCUGCUCUGGCGAAGUUCAAAUCCAGCGUCUUUAAGAUCCUCAUAGCAACGGACGUGGCUGCCAGAGGGCUUGACAUCCCGACCGUCCAAGUGGUCAUCAACCACAACACGCCGGGCCUCCCAAAAAUUUACAUCCACCGGGUGGGCCGGACGGCCCGUGCAGGUCGGCACGGCAGGGCCCUCACGCUGGUGACGCAGUACGACAUCCACCUUGUCCACGCAAUCGAGGAGCAGAUCAAAAUGAAGCUUCAGGAGUUCUCUGUGGAGGAGCAAGCCGUGCUGAGCAUCCUCACCCAAGUCAACGUGGUCCGACGGGAAUGCGAGAUUAGGCUGGAGGCUACAGAUUUUGACGAGAAGAAGGAAAUCAACAAGCGGAAGCAGAUGAUCCUAGAAGGAAAGGAUCCAGAUCUCGAGGAGCAGCGGAAGGCUGAGCUGGCCAAGAUCAAGAAGAAGAACCGUGAUUUCCGAAGCCGGGUCCAGCAGACGCUGCAGGAGAAGCAGCAGCUGCAGUUGGAGCGGAAGCGGGCCAGGCGGAGGCGGAAACGGGCAGCCGCAGAGACCCAGCCGCGCCCACUGCAACCUUAGCAGCGAGAGACUGGGGCCGAGGCUGCCGUCUCUGUCUCCCCCCCCUUUUUUUGACAGUUUUGGGGGAGGGGAAGUGCCCCCACCUCUCCCCCCAGCCCAAAGGGGCGACUUCCUGCUCCCUGGCCAGUCACCCAGCAGCCCAGCCAGAAUAACAGUUUCUCUCCCAAGCCGGGCUCCAAAAACCCCAACUCUUACGUGGGGCGUUCCUGACCUGUCCGCCCCACACGUUGCCAGGAAGCGAGUCCUGCUGGGAGUUGGGCUUUACCAGGCGGUGGUAGAUGUGGAAAGAAAGAGUGUCUUGGGUCGGGAUGCAGUCCAGCUGAAACUGCAAGUCUUCCAAGACGACCCAUGCGCUCAAGCUCCUAGUCCUCAAGACGGCAUGGGCGCCCCUUAGAGAUGCCGCAGGCCAAGAAGAAAGGGGAAGCGUCAGCCUUUGCCACGGAGACUCUUGUAGCUUCCCCUUCAGGCCUGGCUGCACUCUUGCCCUGAUUGAGUCUCUCUUCUGUCCCAGGAAACGGGUUUUAUUCCAUGUCACUUUGGGCCCGUUGCCAACAGCCUUGCUGUUUCAAGCCAGCCACACUGAUUCCAAGAUCUCACGUACUGGAGGUUUUGCUCUUCCAGUUUCCCAAAUCAGCCCACCCCCCGGGUCAUCCUGGGUUUUCAUACUUCCUUCAGCUGCUGUUAGUAACCCAGUAAAUAUGGCCAUUUCCUUUGGGAAAAUUGUGUGCCAAAUUCUGCUCUGGGGGAGAAAUCAAAAUAAAAAUCCUACUUCCGAAGAGGUC